AUCCGAAUCGACUCCUGAAUCGCCCCGAGUCGACCCCCGAUUGGAUCGACCCCUUGGCCAUGCCGAGUCGAGUUCCGGUCCGAGCCAGACAACACUGACUAAAAGUGAAAUCUCAAAUUGAAUAAUAAUUUUGGAACAGAGAAAAUACUAAUUAAUCAGAUUGUGAUAAUCUAGAUUGGAAAUCUAAUUAUUUUAUUCCAAGUUAUAGAGAAAAACUACCUUUUAAUUAAUUUGUGAACAAUUUUAAAAUCGGAGAAAGGAAAAAAUAAAAAAUAAAAAAUCAAAGAAUGAGACGGAAUUAUUUGCGUGGAAGACUUUACUGUGUUCUAAAUAUCACCGGAUACGUUUAAAUUUUAAAAACCAAAAAAUAUAUUUAAAUGUGUAUGCAAUUCUUUGAAAAUUACGCUCCAAAAAAAUAUCGCACCAAUAAAAAGACUAAAAUUAGAUUUUUUUUUUUCCGCAAAAGAAACACAAAAAUAAAAAUAUCUUCCAAAUAGGUAGGACGUGGAAGCAUUUGAUUGGAUGAUAAAUGAUAAGAAACGGGCGUCCAGAAUUCUUCAAUCGAUUUUCUUAUAUAUCUAGUUACCUCUGUUCCACCAUAGCCAGAAAACUCUACCCAUUGUUUACUCAAAGAAAUAUCAGAAGGAAAGAAGAAGGAAUUACAAUGGCGUCAGUAUCCGGAGUUAGCAUCUCAACCCCGAAAUUAAUCAUAGCCAAGGCAUCUUCAUCGGACUCCACGAAGCUUCCGGCCCAGAAAAUCAAUUUCCCGUCCCUGUGGAACAGGGGAAGCAGAGGAAGGAUUAAUUUUGUCCGCCCGGUGGCCGCAGCGCCGGAUAAAAUCUCCGAGAAGGUGGCGGAGAGCGUUAAAGCGGCGGAGGAGUUGUGCGCCAGCGACCCAGUAAGUGGGGAGUGCGCGGCGGCGUGGGAUGAGGUUGAGGAGCUGAGCGCCGCCGCAAGCCACGCGAGGGACCGGAAGAAGGGCGAGGAUGUGUUGGAGGAAUACUGCAAGGACAACCCGGAGACCGAUGAGUGCCGUACGUACGACAACUGAUGAAGAAGAAGAAGAAGAAGAAAGAUGUAAUGAAUUUGUAUAAUAAUCCUGUUUCGACGUUGUCUGUAACGUUUUUAAUUAUUGUUACUGGAUUAUUAUUAUUAUUACAUCAAUAUUCAGCUUAAUUAGUAUGUUCAUGUGAACAUAAUUUUAGAUGUAUUUGCAAACUAUUGGAUGAUGAUGAUGAUACCAUACAUUUGUAUGAUGGAUGUUUUUAUUUGAUUUAUGAUUAUACUGGUUAGAUAUUUUUACGUAUAGAUGGCUACCUUCUCUUGAUUUGGAAUGCUAAGCAGAGAGUAUGAUUCAGAAACAUCACACUAUGGGCCUGUUUGGUUGCAUGGAUAGUUGGGGAAAGUAAACUUAACAUUCCUGAUAUUUUAAUUUGAGAUUUUAAUUCUGAGGAAAAUUAAUACUUUACUUUACUUUUUUAUUCCUGAGAAUAUGAUUCUGAAGAAUAUUAAUACUUUUUUCUAUUUAGUUAUAUGUUGG